AGAGGAGCGCGAGCGCUGCGUGUUCCUGGCUUCGCCGUCGGCAAGUAGCGCGAGCGGGACCUUCGUUCCCGAGGCCGGCGAGGAGCACCGGGAGCCUCCCGCGGCGGGACUUCAGGCGCUCAGGUGACAUCCGGAACGCGGCGCGCGAGACCCACCUGCUGGCGCGCGCGUCCGCGUCAGGAAGCCCAUGGAGGGGCGUCACGAUGCUGUGCUCGAGGAGAACCAAAACUUUGGUGUCGACCUGCGUGAUCCUGAGCGGGAUGACCAACAUCGUGUGUCUGCUGUACGUGGGCUGGAUCACCAACUACGUGACCACCGGGGGGCCCAAAGUGGCGGAGGGCGGCGGCGGCGGCGAUGCGGGCAGAAAGUUGGAGGAGGACGGUAGAGGGGAGACGCUGCGGAUCGUGGAGCGGCUGGACCGGCUGGAGAGCGUGGUCAACGAGCACAUCAGAGAGACCCCUCGGAAGGACGGGGAAGAAGCUGCGUCCUCGUCAGACUCCUCCUCCUCACUCUUCGACCACUGGGGUCACGACCUGGGCCCGGAGAGUCGAAGGGUCGCCCUCAGGAAGUUCCGUUACUACGGUUACAAUGGCUACCUUAGCGACCGCAUCUCCCUCACCCGGCCGAUUGCGGACCUACGACCGGACGGGUGCAGGAACAUGUCCUAUUCAUCAGAUCUUCCUCAGCUCAGUGUCAUCUUCAUCUUUGUUAAUGAGGCCUUGUCAGUGUUGCUGCGCUCCGUCCACACAGCCAUCCAGAGGACUCCAUCGCAUCUGCUCAAAGAGAUCAUUCUGGUAGACGACCACAGCAGCAGCCUGGAGCUGAAAGAGAACCUGCAGAGAUUUGUGGAGGAGACCAACAUUCAGUACGGCCUGGGAUUCGUCAAGGUGGUUCGCCAUGACAAGCAGGAGGGGCUGAUCAGAUCCAGAGUCAGCGGAUGGAGGGCAGCCUCGGCUCCCGUCGUCGCUCUGUUCGAUGCUCAUGUGGAGUUCAACACUGGAUGGGCAGAACCGAUACUGCAGCGAAUAAAGGAGAACCGGACCCGGGUGGUGUCUCCAUCCUUUGACAACAUCAAGUACGACACCUUUGAGAUUGAGGAGUAUCCGCUGUCUGCUCAGGGCUUCGACUGGGAGCUGUGGUGUCGAUACCUCAACCCGCCAAGGUCUUGGUGGAGCCAACACAACCACACCGCCCCUAUCAGGAGCCCUGCUUUGAUUGGCUGCUUUGUGGUCGAUAGGAAAUACUUUGAGGAGAUUGGCCUGCUGGAUGAAGGCAUGGAAAUAUACGGUGGAGAAAACGUGGAGCUCGGCAUCAGGGUGUGGCAGUGCGGCGGCAGCGUGGAGGUGCUGCCCUGCUCCAGGAUUGCCCACAUUGAGCGCGCCCACAAACCCUACACGGAGAACCUGUCGGCCCACGUGCGGCGUAACGCUCUGAGGGUGGCUGAGGUCUGGAUGGACCAGUACAAGAGCCACGUCUACAUGGCCUGGAAUGUUCCGCUGCAGAAGUCAGGAAUAGACAUUGGGGACAUCACUGAGAGAAAGGCCCUGCGAUCCAGACUCCAGUGCCGACCGUUCAGCUGGUUCCUUUCCAACAUCUACCCUGAACUCCGGUCCUACAGCAACACGGUUGCUUACGGAGUGUUGAAGAACAAUCUGAGAGACAACCUGUGUUUGGACCAAGGACCCGACACUGACAAUGUUCCCAUCAUGUACCAGUGUCAUGGCAUGACACCGCAGCAGAAUGUGUACUACACCAGCUCUCAGCAGCUUCACCUGGGAGUGCUGAGUCCGACCAUCGACGAUGACGACAACAAAUGCCUUGUGGAUGUGAACAGCAAACCCAGGCUGCUGGAGUGCAGCUACGCAGCUACCAAGCACAUGAAGCUCACCUGGACGUUCACUCAGGGUGGCUCCAUCCAGAACAUGGAGUCUCUAUGUUGUCUGGAGCUGAUCGAGACCGGACAGUCUGAGUUCAGUUUUCGACUGGUCAUUCAGGACUGUACUGAUCAGAAAUGGACCAUCACCAACAUCCUGACGGUCCUGCCACAGUGAACCAUCUGCCACCAUUCAGCUACUGGAGCCCCUUUGUUGUGAUGGACUAAUCUACAGUAGUAAGCAAGGAACUGCCCUGCUGAUCUAGAUACAUGACCAACCACCACAGAGACAGACAUGGAACAUGUUGACCUAAAAGUACAUGUGAAAGAGAUUCUGCAAGGGAAAAGCUGUUUGUGCUUGAACCUUUCUACUAGUGAGUUGAGAGAAGAGACACUCACAGAUGGACCCAGGCUCUUAACUACAGAAAUACAGCAACCCUUUAAGACUGGGCCUGCUCUGCCUCAUCGCACCGUCACUGUAACAAAGAGUGCGCAUCAUGUUUCAAUAUGUUAGGGUGGAAGGGGAGAGAUACCAGGAGACGGAUUUAGAGUUAUAAGCGUUAUACACUACUGGGCUCGAGGGUAGGCCAGGAGCUUUACAUGUACUCAGCAUUGCCAAAGGUUGACAAAGUUCAUAGAGACGAAUCAGUGACUGAUUUGGCGGCGCCCACCGUAGUGUUGUCAGGCGCACAUUCAUGGACAGAGCUGGAGAUUAAUCCAGGGAGAAGAUUGCAGGUGUACGUGCAUCUGUAACACCAGAGCAUUACACAACUUUGGCUCAUGCGGCGAUGGAAAAAGGACUGCGAUGAUGAAACUGAAACCAGACAAAGAGCCCUCAGACAGGUGAUCUCAGAGCAGAGGGUCCGGCAGGGAAAGCCUCUGUUUUUUUUCUUUUCUUCUUAUAUUAAAAAUAAGUUCACCUUAAUACUAGAUGUACUCUGGUGUUGUAGUUUAUUUAAACAUACUAUGUGUUAAUGUUGAGUUCACUAAUAUAUUGACCUAAUAUGAACUAUGUUCAUUAAAGGAGACUUAUCAUGCUCAUUUUAAGACCCAUACUUGUAUUUUGGGUUUCCACCUUAACAUGUUCAAUGCGUUGAUGUUAAAAAAGCAUUUAAUUUGUCUCGUAUUGUCUGUGUGACUAUACCUGUAUUCACUUCUUGUUUGAAACGUUCCGUUUUAGCGCCGGUCUCUUUAAGCCUCCUCCAACCCAACAGUGUUUGUGCAAGUCCACCGUUAUAUUGGCCCAGGAUGAGAAAACAGUCAGUUUCAAAAUGAUUUGCGCAAACAGCUUUUUUCCCAAUUCUUGCCAGGACGUGGUCUUCAUAUAUGAAAUGAACCCAUUUGGUUUUUGUCCCGACUACAUUUUGUAGGAUUGAGUUCUUCGGCGUGUUGGGGGGUUGUGGUGGGGUGGGGUCCAUGAAAGGGAGACUCCUGCUUGAUCUGAUGAUGUCACCAAACUACAAAACCUCCAAACAGGUUGUUUUAAUUAGUAUUAAUUCAUUCCAGGAAUCCAGGAAUUCUUCUCCAGCGUUGGGGGUUUGUAGACAUGCCAGACCGCCACAUUAACGUGUGGAACACCUAUCAAAGUGGAAUUUCCAUGUGCCCCCUUUAUCAGUAGACAAUCACACAGCCCGCGUGCAUCAGCUUAAACAGAGUCUCAAAGACCUCCUUUUGACUCAGGACCCAGAUGUACAGCAAUGUACAAGGACUUGCUUCAUGCUGCUGCCUUAUUGGACAGGUUGUCAUUGCAACGGACAAAUGGUUGCAAGGGACUCAAUUUACUUAUCUGGUUCAUUCACGGUAAAAUAAUAUGUAAAACAAAAUGCCAAAUUUAUUAUACCUAAUCCUAGACACUGCUUCUGUAACUAGUUAACACAUGUCAGAGCUAUUUGCUAAAGAAUUAUAUUAUAACAUUAUUUUUGUCCUUGCCCGCGUCCUGAACAUGAUGCAGAGCGCUCACCUCGCUUCGUUUCAGUUAUGUGGGUAUAUCGACCAUUAACUGGAAAUAUUGGAUAAUCUGGAUUACUUAAUUACACAGCAGGCUAGUCAGCAAUCUUUGGAAGAAACUGUUAUCUACGGCCAAUGAGGCUCAUUAACAAAGUGACCUGUCACAGUUCAGCUUCACACCCUCCUCACUCUACUUCACCUGUACACCCUCCUACAUCUGAUCAUUAAUCAACGCUCUCUAUAGACUCCGGCCCCCCAGACACACAUUGAUUGUUCUGAGGUUUUUCCACGCCAGACUCUCCAGCCCUCUCCACCGGACUGAUCUCCUGUUACCGACCCCGCCUGACUCAGCUUUCUGAUCCCGACCAUGUUUAACUCUGCCUGCGGUUUCUGGAAAGAUUGUAAUAAAAGCCAAAGAUCCCUGGAA